UUUAAAUAAUGGCCAAUGCAGGAAUCCAGCUUCUUGGCUUCACAUUGGCCUUCCUGGGCUUCGUUGGAUCAAUAGCAUCCACAGUGAUGGUGGAGUGGAAAGCUUCGUCUUAUGCAGGAGACAACAUCAUCACAGCUCAGGCUAUGUAUGAAGGCCUGUGGAAGACUUGUGUGUCACAGAGCACGGGUCAGAUUCAGUGUAAAGUCUAUGAUUCACUUCUCCAGCUACCAGGGAUGGUACAGGGCACACGCGGGCUGAUGUUGUCCUCCAUCUUGCUCAGCUUUAUUUCCAUCUUGGUGGAGGUGGUGGGCUUGAGGUGCACCACCUGCAUGGCUGACCAACCUGAGCAGAAGGACAAAGUGGCACUGACUGGAGGGGUCAUCUUCAUUAUCGCUGGUCUGCUUGCUCUGGUGGGAACAUCUUGGUAUGGCCACAGAAUAGCACAGGACUUCUACAACCCAUUCACUCCCACUAAUUCAAGAUUUGAAUUUGGAAGUGCCCUGUAUGUUGGAUGGGGAGCUGCAUGUCUCACUAUUAUAGGAGGGGGCUUCCUCUGCUGCAACUGCCCCGGCAAGAGCUCAGGGAAAUCUCCACGCUACCCACCGUCCCACUCUGCCAGCCAGCCAGGCAGGGACUACGUCUAGGGGGACAAUCACUCCAUCCAGCCACUGCGCACUGAUGACUGGACAUCUUUCAGACUUGUUCAAUAUUUUGCAGCAUGUACAUUUGCAGGGGUUGUAACUGACACAUGUUUAUAGUUGUUGGGAAAUAAGUUCCACACAUUGCAAAAACAAUGAACGGCAAAAUGUUACUUGAAUCUGGAUGUUAUAAAUGACAAUUCUGACUAAGAACUUCAGUACAAGAAAACUGUAUUAGAAUUAAUCAGAAGUAUUUUAAACUGGAAUUAUAUUUGGCCAGUAAAGGUUCAACAUAUCUCAGGACUCCUUUUUUUCCCCACAGUAUUUGCAACUAAUACCAUUUUAUUUCUACUUUUGUUACUUUGCUUUUUGUUUGGAACGUUGUCAUUGUUUGUUUAUCACAUGUAAAAUAAAAUCCUUGAUACUUUCCUAUGAUAAUA